AUGCUGCAGAUUGCAUUAAUGCGAAUCGGUUGUCUCCGUUCGUGGAUGUGCAGUUCAGCACGAUUGCUUUCUUCGGAUAGUAAGCCUUCUCGUUCAAUUCGAAGGAAGGGUAAAGGAUCAACGAAUAAUCGCGAACCCGCUAACGGGAAAUCUAAGAUCACUCCUUCCACUAGUGAACUUUUGCAAGACUUUCUUGGUCAAGUACCUUUCACAAAGCAUGAGACGUCGAAUAAACUUAAAGUGGAGGCCGUCGGAGCUAAAGAUGAAAAGACUCGGCAUGGGAGGCAUAGAGUAGCCCUCCAAGAUGCUCAUCAGGACAGAAACACCGUUAAAUCUAUGGACCUUUUGCGACAUUUUGUAAAUACGAAGGGUCAGCCUUCGCAAGAAUUUCUCAAAUCAAUCACGCAGGCUAACCGCCGAUCCAUCAGAGUUCGUCACACUGAAUCACUUCCUCAACCAGCUAAGUUAAACUUAUUUGAUGAAACGUCCUUCCAGGAUUAUGCAGUUGAUGAAUCGGCUUAUAAAAACGAUGUCUUUAAUGAGAUUAACUCUCUGGAAGCAUCUGCAUAUCGUGCAAAGUCUACGCAUAAUCACUUUGAAGAGUUAAUCCAGUGGACCCUGGAUGGAAAACUGUGGAAGUUCCCUAUUAACAAUGAGCAAGAUUGCGUUGAGGAAUUGGAAACUCCCUUUCAUGAACACGUCUUCCUGAACCGCUAUUUGAAGAAUAAGAAAUCUGGGGCGAAGUAUCCUGCACCCCUGAAAGCAUUCAUGGACCUAGUUUGCGCCGGUCUGGGUCAGAAUCCCUACAUAACUGCCCAGCAGAAGAAAGAACAUUUGGAAUGGUUUGAGGGUUACUUCGCCAGCAAAGUAAAGAACAUUCAGGCUGCUGUGGAUGAAGAAAGGCGCAUUGCUGAGGCAGAAGCUAAAGCUAGAUCGAUGAAAUCUUAA